UAGGCGCUGGAUGCAGACUCUGGCCACUGGCUGGAUGAUCCGAAAUGGAAACGUUGGCAUUACCUAAGCCACUGCCUCUUGCUUCCGUCCGAGUUUCAUUACUGGGCCGUUGCAGGCCUAGCGCCUUUAUAUAUCCAGUCCAAUGUCGCGACAUUCCGGAUUCGACAUCCAGCACCUUGUUGCUGACGAUAAACACCUACACUACGGUGGAACUUCAACUGUGUAGGGAAGAGCACUCGUUACUAUCAUAUGUCACUGCGCGGUCACACGAGUCUGGAGACGGGGAUUACUUUUGCUUCUCCUGAGGCUCAGAGUAUGAAGAAUAUAAGAUCCUGUUCCCCUCAGCCCAGCAAAGUUACCGACCUCCCAAACGAGAUAUUGACAGCAAUAUUCUCGGCUGCAGUCAACUCUACUUUAGCCUCAGAACACUCUCGAGUUCUCUGUUACAUCUCUCUCGUCUGUCGUGACUGGCGAGCAGUCGCCGUCGACUCUUCCGAACUCUGGACCACGGUGUACAUAUCCCACUUGAACGACCUCCCGUCUGCUCAAUUAUUCUUCGAGCGUUCGGCUCCUCGUUUACUUGAUGUCAUACUCAGGUUUGACUUUUACGUGAACUGGGCCAUCAGUGGUAAGAUCGCGGAAGUCACGUUCCCGCAUCUUCAUCGUUUUCGAACUCUCAAUAUCGAGUUCGAUAAUCCGGAUACGUAUCAUGCGUUCUCCAGUCUCUUUCGCACUGCGGCUCCAAGCCCACCCUGUUUAAGCAGUCUUCGCCUCCAUUACACCGGAGCGACUUGGAGUUUCGCGAUGAUUCCCAAUGUCCAUCUACUUCCCUCUCCGAAUAACAUUGUUUCGCUUGACGUCCACCGCCUACCGGUGACUGUCGUAUCUCACUACGCCAGUCUCACUACUCUUUCAUUAUAUCGCGUAUUUCUGGACCAUGCACGCAUGCGAGAUUUGUUUCUCGCGUCUCCAUCACUCGAAACACUUAUCCUCGCAGCGUUACACACCUUCAACGGACCAGCUACCAGCUCGGACCUUCCCCCCAUCGACGCAUCCUCCCUGCGAUGCUUAGCUCUCAGCAUGGACAGCUCGCAUCGGGAUCCAUGCAUACCCGGCCGAUGCGUCAUAUCCUGCCUUUGCUUGCCAAACCUCGAGAGUUUGGAGGUGUACGGGUUAUGCAGACAUGCUGUCGUCGGGUUGGGGGCGCACUUUGGGGACCUCCCAAAGCUGCGGAAGCUACGAUUGCAGCACCUGGUGUGUUCUGUACAUGACGAGCCGUUUGUCAGGUCCCUCCAGUUGCUGAGACGGUUGGAACUUGUGGAUGCGGAUCCGAGGUCCUGGUCUGGCAAGUGUCUUCCCCUACCGUCGCUAACGUCGUUGGUGUAUAGUUCUGAUGGGGUAGGAAAUCAUUAUGAAUGGCUGGCGGAUAUAUGUCGACAGCGUCCUCGGUCGGGUCCGCCGUUGCACGUUCAGGUGACGGAUUUGAGAAACGAUGAAGGGGUUCGGGAUGAAAGAGGCUGGGAUAAAUAUGCCGUCAUUGAAGUCUGCCUUCCGUUGUCGGUCAAGGGUAUGUUCGACUGGGAGAUUCUGGAAUGUGAUAGAGAAUAUAAGGACACAGAAUCUGAUUGGUUCGACUCGUCCUCUGAUUCUGACUCCUUAAUUUAGGUCUGCAUUUUAUAUACUACUUCUGCUCCCUAAUUUUAUCUUACGCGUACUUACAAUUUUACGAAGAUACAUAUACCGCAGCUUAGACUAAUUUGACUCGACCUAUCCACACUGCAUUGAAGAAUUAUCAAUCGUUCCACCGUCG